GUUUGAAUAGCCCACUGGAAAGCUUUGCAUGGCCCCUGGUUUCUUCCCUCCCAAAACAAAUAAUAUUUUCAUCAAAGCCCUAACGUGUCUCCCUUUAUAUGCCCUUCUCCAUCAUCUUCAAUAGGGAACCCAGUCCCCACCUCUCUCUUUCCUUUCUCUCUCUCUCUCAAACAUCCAACAGUAACCAAAACAACCUUAAUAAACUAACCCAAAAAUAUCAAUCCACCUUCACUCUCCUCUCUUUCUCUCUCUCUGUCUCCACAACACUAUUAUAGAUUGUUUCAUGGACGUAUUCUGAUUGUCCUCGUCGAUACCCAUCUCUUAAUUCUUCAUUUUAUUGGGUAUCUCGCGAUACCCAUCUCGGAUUUACUGCGGCCCCUUCCCCUCUCUUGCCCCUUCUGGUUCUGAGUUCUCUGUUUUAAUUAAAUGAGGAUCGAAACGAACUUGAUCGAUCGUAAAGGGCAGAAUUUUCGAGAUUUGCCCAAGGAGAAGAAGAGCAACGGCAACAAUAACAACAAAUCGAAGAAAGGCCGGAGGCGUCAAAAGAAACCGACGGAGAGCGUCGUUAAGGAGCUUCUCCGGACGUGCAAGGAAGUGUUUGCCAGAGGUGGUGCCGGGAUUGUUCCUCAUGCCAAGGAUGUUGAACGACUACGGUCGGUUCUUGCUGCUGGUUUGUUGCUUUGGGAGUUGGGUUUGGUGCUUCUCUUCUCUAGUCAUCCUUAUGGGAUGCAACCUGCAGAUGUGGGCUUGAGUCCUGCCAUGCCAUAUUUUAAGACAGUUGAGACUGAAGGUGCUCCUCCAAUAACAUAUCUACACCUCUAUGAAUGCAAUAAAUUUUCGAUUGGGAUAUUCUGCUUGCCACCAUCUGCCGUCAUCCCAUUACAUAAUCAUCCAGGCAUGACUGUUUUCAGUAAGCUACUCUUUGGGACCAUGCACAUCAAAUCGUAUGACUGGGUAACCGAUGUGCCUCAUAGCACAAACCAGAACCCCAACCCUUCAAACUGUCAGCCCACUGGGAUUCGGUUGGCUAAGAUUAAGACUGAUUCAGACUUCACUGCCCCAUGUAAUACCUCCAUACUUUAUCCUGCUGCUGGAGGCAAUAUGCACUGUUUCACAGCAAUAACAUCCUGUGCUGUACUGGACGUGCUGGGUCCCCCAUAUUCUGAUCCAGAAGGCCGACAUUGCACAUACUAUCGUGACUUCCAAUACACCAGCUUUUCAGGUGAUGCAGAGUUGGUACCUGAAGAGGAAAGAGAGGGCUACGCAUGGCUGGAAGAGAGAGAGAAGAAACCAGAUGACUUGAAUGUAGUUGGAGCGAUGUACACAGGCCCAAAAAUUGUGGGAAACUGACUAUAUAAGGAUCUUCCUUCUCCUCAUUACUUGGCUCUACAAAAUUGUCAGACACUGUUCAGUCAGUUCCUCCUCUUGGAGGAGUUUCAUGGUCUCUUGGAAGUCAAGGGGCUCUCUUUCUCUCUACAGCAUGUGUACAUAAACAAAAGAAGAAAAAAAGAAAAAAAACAUGGAACGCAUCGGAUAUUUCUUCUUGUUCAUCUUCUCAUUACUCUACAUGGGUCAUUUUCUUUCAUUUACUUCUGAUGGGUCACCGAACGGCGAGUUUCACAGUUGUGGGGAAGCGGGAUAUCUUGUACCAGAAACAAUUUUAAGCCAUUUUCAAAGGAAAAUGAAAUGUGAUCAGUAAUAGAAUGAAAGAAAAUGAUGAUUUGAUUUAUGUUCAUUGAA